AUGCCCACAAAAAGUUCGUUGAAGCACUGCAAAUGCCGCAUUGCGAACCACAGCCUGCUCAAAAUGAACUGGUUAAUGCACAUAAUUAUACUCCAAGUACUUCUUGGUCAAGUAUUAUCAAAAUUGACGUGCACAAAUAUAACAAAUAUUGAUAAAUGCUCAUGUAAGCAUGAUCUUUAUGGUGACGAUAUAGAAGUGGAAUGUGCAGGGUUGUCAACUUUGGAAUUAAAUUUGAUGGAAUCCAUAAUGAAAAUUGAAUGUAAUUCAGAUCAAACACAAUGGGAACAGAAUUUUGGUCAAAUUGAUAUUAAUAAAUUACAUUACGCAAAAUGCCUAUUAUCCGAUACAGGAAUUAAUCAAACCGUCUCAACACUUGGCAUUAAUAAGAUUCAAAGUUUGAAACUAGUUGCCAUGAAACUCAAUGGUAGUCUAGAAAAUACUUACUUGUCAAAUUUGGACAGCGUGGAGACGUUAGAUAUUACACUUACCAAAUUAAUAUUAACCAAUGAAUCGUUUGAAGGAACACCUCGUUUAACAAAAUUAUAUCUUAGAGAAAACUACAUAGAAGAUAUACCUGCGGAUGUGUUCAAACCACUUACUCUUUUACAAAUAUUAGAUUUAGGAGAUAAUAAGAUAACCAAAAUAAAUAGUGAUCUAUUUUAUAGUAUUCCAUUGAAAAGUUUGAAUUUGGACACAAAUUAUUUAACAUCUUUGGAUCUAAAUUCUCAGAGUUUGAAUAAUUUGGAUGUAGCCAACAAUAGAAUUACUUCUUUAACUGUUGGACGCCUUAACCAACUUCUUAAUAUAUCAUUAAACAAAAAUAUUUUAGUAACAAUGCCUGACCAAACAUUUAAAAACACUUUUUUAGUGUCAAUCAGAUUCAGCUAUGGUAACUUUACCACUAUACCUCAAAGAUUUUUAACAAAUUUAGACAGAUUACUUAAUGUUUAUCUCACGUCUUUAAACAUAGAAAAGGUACCCGAAAAUAUGAUUUGGAAUUCACAAAAUAUUAUAAAUUUAUCAUUAGCUUCAAAUCGUUUGAAUGGACUACCAGUGAUGUUUUUUCGGGAUGCUAGGAAAUUAAAAUUGUUGGAUUUAUCUAAAAAUCAAAUUGAAAAUAUCAAUGAUGAAUUACUGAGACCAUUAAUAAAUCUAGAAACCUUAGAUUUAUCCAAUAAUUUAAUAAUCCAAAUUAAUAAAUACAGUUUAAGGCACUUAGGAAACUUGAAGUACCUCAAUUUUGAAAGAAAUAAGAUAACAAAUAUUAAUCGGGAAGCAUUAAAUGUCCCGAAAUUAAAAACAUUAAAAUUGGCUUAUAAUAAAAUAAGUAACUUGACCUCAAAUAAUUUAUUCUCAUUUUAUUAUUUGGAUCAAGUUGAAACUAUUGAUUUAUCAAACAAUUUCAUAAAUUGUAUUGAUCCUGGUUGGCUAAAUUUGAUUAAGUUAAUUAAUAUUAAUCUAUCAAGUAAUAACUUCACUGUACUCAGAAUACAAGAUAUACAGUAUAUAAAUGAAAUUGUAAAAACUAAUCUUAACAAUAAUCCAUUAGAAGUAAUUGAUUUGUCAAAUUUAGAAAUAUUUGCUAAAGCACAAUCUCCACCAUACAAUUUCUGGAAUAACAGACAAAUAAAUCUUUCUAGUGAUAAAUUCAUCUGUGAUUGUCGUAAUUAUGAGUAUGCAAGAUUUUUACAUAACCAAAUGCCAAAAAUAGUAUACAAGUACUUACAAAUUGAACAAAAAUUGAUUUGCAAUGAUGGUUUGGGUACAGAAUUUUCAAAUGUGAAUAUCGAAAGUUUAACAUGUGACUGGAACAUUUUUGAGGAUGUAGACAAGACCGACUGUUUUGAAUGUGAGUGUACUUACCGUCCUCAUGACAAAUCUGCCCUGAUGAAUUGUUCAAAUAGAAAUUUAAUAUUGGCACCGAAAGUAAUAAUUUCAGGUAGAAAUAUUAAUUAUACAGAACUGAACUUAAGUAAUAAUUCCAUCACCGAGUUACCAAACUAUGAAAAUUUAAACAUCAAGAAGUUAAAUAUUGGUUAUAAUAAUUUAAAUACCAUUAACAUAACGCAGUUACCUAAAAAUCUUACGGAUUUACACUUGGAACAUAAUUAUCUUACAAUGAUUAGUGAGACGAAUUUGACCAAUAUAUUACCCAACUUAAACAACUUAACAAUGAACAGUAAUUCCUGGAUAUGUGAUUGUAAUGCCAAGAAUACUAUCAAUUUUAUUCACAAAUAUUCAUCUAAGAUUUUUGAUUUAGCCAAUAUCACGUGCAAUCAAUCAUCAAUUCAGUUAUUAACCCUGACUGAGGAAGAAGUAUGUCAAGAAGAAUUAAAUACUAACAUGAUCAUCACUGUAUCUAUGUUUUUAGCUGUGUUGAGUUCAGCAUUUAGUUUAGGUUUGUUAUGGAUGUUGUAUAGUAACAACAAGACUAAAAUCAAAAUAUGGCUGUACUCUCAUAACAUAAAAUGGCCAAUAUCUGAAGAAUCUCUCGACCAGGAUAAAAAAUAUGAUGCAUUUAUUAGUUUCUCUCACAUAGACAUAGAACUAGUUGAAAAGCAUUUAGUACCAGGCUUGGAAGGAGGCAGCUCACCGUUUAAACUUUGUCUUCAUUAUAGAGACUGGGAAGUCGGCGAUUGGAUUCCUAAUCAAAUUGCUCGUUCAGUUGAUGAAUCUCGAAGAACUAUUAUUGUAUUAUCACAAAAUUAUUUACAGAGUGUUUGGGGUCGUACAGAGUUCAGGACAGCUUAUUCCCGUGCUCUGAACGAACGCCGCAGUCGUAUAAUAGUCAUACUUUAUAAAGACAUACCAGAGAAUGAUUUAGAUUUAGAGUUACAAGCAUAUCUGUCCAUGAAUACUUAUAUUAGAUGGGGAGAUCGUUGGUUUUGGCAGAAAUUGAGAUAUGCUCUUCCACAUAGACCAGCGAUGAAAAAUAAAACUAGAGCUAAGAUAAUAGUACCAGAUAAAUUAAAUUCUGUUCGAUUAACAUAA